AUUGAGAUCUCUGUCAUUUCUGCGUGAGUUGCCGUGGCGUGAAGAGUCUUGGAAUCUUUUGCGUGAUCAUAGUUAUUAGAAGAAAUCGCCGAAGAAUCUUAGAAACACAGAAUAUAAACGUUCUCUUUAUAGUUAAGAUCAAGGGUAACACCAUCAAAUAUGAGUUACAACAACACUACAGUUAUACUAUCUUGCCAAACGAUGAUAGAAUAUGAUUUGGUUCAGAUGAUUGCUCAAGCAAGCUUUGUAAUUUUUAUUCUUCUGUUGGACGUUUGUGGUAACUGUAUGGUGUGCGCUGCCAUUUUCUCGUACCGUCGAUUGAGGACUGUUACAAACUGUUUCAUCGUGUCACUUGCGGUUAGCGAUUUGUUGGUUGCUGGUUUAUCGAUGCCAUUUCGCAUUCACCACACUCUCCAUUCGAUGUGUUGGGAUUUAGGUAUCGGCGUGUGCCAAUUUUGGAUAUUCGUAGAUUUACUGUGCUGUAGUGCAAGUAUAUGCAACUUAAGUAUGGUAUCGAUCGAUCGUUUCYUGGCUCUUUCCCAUCCCUUAACUUAUCCGUCCAUUAUGACUAGGAAACGGGCCCUUGUUGCCAUUGCAUUAGUUUGGAUAUAUUCAUUGAUUAUUGCUGCACUUUCUUUUACCGGUCCAUGGGAUCCUAACGGAUCAAUGCAGAUCGCACCAGCCUGCCAGAAAAACGACAAAUAUUAUUAUACGUUCGCCAUUAUCGUUAGCUUCUUCCUGCCCAUGUUAAUUUUAGUCAUCAAUUACUCUUUGGUGUUUAAGGUAGCGUUUGUACAAGCGAGAAAACUAAGGAUUCUAUCAUGUGCUACACUUGAACAGAACGAGACAUCUGAUGUAACAAAUCAUAACGGAGCCAGGCAAAGUGUUGUAAGCAUCGGUCGAAUGGAACGCCGACGAAGAAAAUCAAUCAUACGUGAGCUGAAAGCCACAAAGACUCUAGCGAUAGUGGUCGGUACAUUCAUACUAUGCUGGCUGCCAUUCUUUAUUAUCAUGUUUAUCCAUCAAUUCUGUCCUGAUUGUUAUCGAGAAGUUUUAUCCCCAGAUGCGCAGUUGGGUAUAGGUACCGUGUUCGUUUACGUACUUCCACUGCUGAACAGUGCUGUCAAUCCUAUAAUAUACUCAAGUUUUAACGCUGAUUUUCGACGUGCGUUUAGACACAUGUUAUUCCGUCUGUGUGUAAUGCAUCGUCGGUAUGGACAGACUGACAUGCAAACUACUCGAUCAAUGGCGGACCUAGACAUGGACUACACUUUUCAUAAUACAAACAUACGCACAGAGAAUAGUAAACUUCCAGUAAACAUGUACCACCAAAACGGAAAUCCCCCUAAAAUUGUUAUUCACGAGGCGAACUCAGACAAUGAAGAAGAGCAAGACAGAAUUGACUCAAUGUGAAUUACAGCAAAUUUAAUUACUUAGAGUUUCAUUAGACAUGAUGAAAUACCAAACUAUAUUGGAUCGUCGUUAUUGCUAUUUUUAMUUGAUGGUCAAGAUCUAGUGGUGUAUUUCAAGGAAAACGUAAGUUUUUGUCCAGGAUUUUUUCUUCGUUAACCGGUAUCUAAAGAAGCUAAUUGGUUUUUCAAUGCUUCAAMGAGGUUUUACAAGAUCUUACAGAAAGGGAAAUAUUUUUUCUAAUGCGAUGAAUAGGCUACUAAUGAACCUCGUGAAUAUAAUCUUUCAUAAUUAGUAGGAAAUGUUAGAAAAGAGGGCAAUUGAGCUGAUACAUACAAAUAAAAAAAUAACCUUAUAARCU